UGCACGAGAGCUAAUAAUAAAUAAUUAGUAAGUGGAGCUGCAUGAGUGCUCGACAUUCAUCUGAUGACAAUAAUAAAAGUGAAUAAUAAUUAUUGUGAUUAUAAUAAUGGCUGGAAUAACAACAAAAAUUGCUAUUGUAUGCUGAAAAGGAAGUACUAAGUGUGAUGGUUAUGAUGAAUGUCACCAGUGCAGAGUUUGUGGGAUUUCAAAAUAAUGCUGACUUUUAUACAAAACAUAGUUUAUGCUACAGAUGUGGAUUACAUGAGACCAAUCAGAGCAUUGCA